AUGCUUGCUGCAACCAAAUGGUUUAUAAGGGGAUUGACAACAUAUACAAAGUCAUCAUUCGAGAAGAAGAGCACAAGAUUCAAUAGUGAUGACCUUCAAGCAAUAGAUUACAUCAAUACAUCUUUCGUUGUAACAGGUGCCAAUAGUGGCAUUGGUUACGCAACUGCUCUAGACCUUGCUCGAAAGGGAGGAAUUGUACAUAUGAUAUGUAGAAACAAAGAAAGAGGUGAAGAAGCAUUGGCGAGGAUUGUGGAGCAAAGUGGAAGUAAUAGGAUACAUCUACAUAUUUAUGACCUUGCCCUGCAGAGUGAGGUGGUUAGAAUGGCCAGACACUUUGUUGAUAGAGGUAUACGCAUCGAUGUGUUGAUACUCAAUGCUGGAGUAAUGAUGCCAAUGAGAUCGACUACAGUGGAAGGACAUGAAGUCACAUUCGCCACCAACCUGUUGUCACCAUACCUGGCAACGUCAUUGUUGUUAGAUCAUCUGCGCGACACUCACACCAACAACACGGCGAAUAAGGCGAGAGUGAUCUUUGUGUCGUCUGGAGGCGCACUCACACAGCGCAUGACCUCCGACUAUGAGUUUGUUAACAUGGCUGGACGUCGUUGGAACGCCGUCAACACCUACGCACAGACGAAGCGUGCGUUGAUCUAUCUGGCCGACCUAUUUGCCGAACGCUACAGCGAUUACAACACCAACUUCUACUCGAUGCAUCCUGGCUGGGUGGCAACGCCUCAGUUGGCAACUGCCAUGCCAACGUUUGCCGUGCUUACCAAGCGAAUCCAGCGCACACCUGAGCAGGGCGCCGACACUAUCAUCUGGCUGGCAGUCUCCCCCACUGUUGAAAGCGAGAGUGGUGGCUUCUACGAGGACAGGGAACUAACUGCCAAGCACCUGACCAAAGACACAGAGUCGACGCGCGAUGAGAUCAAUCAACUGUGGAGCUAUCUUGGAAAGUGCUUCCAGGAGGCAGAACAGCAGCCCAAGGACAAUGAUGGCGAGGCUGAUCAAGACGACCCCAAGGUCUCACAUCAACAAGAUGAGGAGCCAGCAGAGUUGGUCGAAGGCGAGACACAUCCAAAUCGAUGA